GGGCGGUGCGGGGCGGAACGGGGCGGAGCGGGGCACCCGGCCCGGCCCUCCCCUCCCGGCACAGCGACGGGGCCAGCCCGACACAGCCCAGGCAGCGGGGCCGCCGCCAGCCCGUCCUGCCCUGCCCAGCCCAGCCCAGGCUCUCCUCAGGCCUCAGGAAUGUCUUCUGAGCCCAGCUCAUCCUCCUCGCAGCAGUGCCCCAGCUCUGCCCCGCCGCCCAGCUCGCUGCACCUGCCGGAGAGCCGGCGGCCACGGGAGCGCUCCCCAUCCCCGCUGCGGGGGUACCUGAUCCCCAGCCCGCUGCCCACCCGCCGCACCAGGACCUUCUCGGCAACGGUGAGAGCCUCGGAGGGGCCCAUCUACAAAGGGGUCUGCAAGUGCUUCUGCCGCUCCAAGGGCCACGGGUUCAUCACCCCUGCGGACGGAGGGCCCGACAUCUUCGUGCACAUCUCAGACAUUGAAGGCGAGUACGUUCCCGUGGCAGGCGACGAGGUCACCUACAAGAUGUGCACCAUCCCUCCCAAGAACGAGAAGCUGCAGGCAGUGGAGGUGGUGAUCACCCACCUGGCCCCUGGCACCAAGCACGAGACCUGGUCAGGGCAUGUCAUCAGCUCCUGAGGUGUCCCUGGAGGGUGGCUGCUGCCAGGUGGGCUCUGCUCAGCACUGGCUGCAGGACCUGGCUGAAGAAUUCUGUGUGUGAGGAAAUACUGCAUUGUCAAUAAAGCAGAAGCAGGCCAAAAUUACCAUUUUUUACAGCUGGCCUGAUUAAAAAAAAAAAAAGGCAAUUCAAAUGCUAAUGAAAAAAAUCUAGCAUAAUGUGUUUACAAGAAAUGUAUUUAAAGAGACCUAGUUUGUGUGCUUGGUGGAGGAGGGGAGGUGUGGGUUUUCUUUUGUCUUGUGAACUGAUUCCAGGAAAUGCCCAGGGGAAGGGGGGAGAGGUUUCAAGGAGAGCUCUUCUAGUGUAGAUGGUCCAGCCCAGGUCUGAGCCCUGGGCUCCCCUGGGCUGCUCCUCCAGGGCUGCAGUACCUUUAUUGCUGAUAACAGUGCCUGAAUGCCUUGGCCUGACUGACAGAGGUGUUUAUUGCUGAUUUGUUUUCCUCAUGGAAGGAAGUUCACAAACAGAGCAGCUGCCACAGGGUGGAAAAUCUCCAUCAGGUGGUUAUGCUCUAGUGCCCAUCAGGUGCACCACUGCAAAUGGUGUGGCUGCACAAGUGUGGAAACUGUGUUGUACUGGUAAAGCUGGGGUUGUUUGUGAAUUUACUUAGGUGCCUUGAUGGUUGAUUAGCAACAGAUUUUAUAGGCCAGUAUUAAAAAAAAAAAAAAAUCCAUCCCAAAUUUAAAUUUGCUCCAAGGUAAGUGGUAGAAAACCGUAGAGUAGUGGAUACUUCAUAGCCUCAGAGGGUGUCUGAAUUUUGACCAGGCUGAAGAUUUGCCUUCCAGACUGCAUACAGCUGACUGGCAUGGUGUGCCAGGGGGCAGGCAGGACACCUGCACUGCUGCACACAGGUGUGUGCUGCCCAGGUGUAUUAAACACUGUGUGAGUUCCUCAGCAGGCUCAGCUGUCUUGGUGAAGUAAAUUCUGCAUCUGUUUCCCUGGCAAACUCUCUUGGUAGGAUGUGAUAGGGCCACCCUUCCCCAGACUCUGUGUGUAGUUGUAGUGCUACUAAAUUGGUUUUGUUCCUAUUUGCCUUCCAUAUGAAUGCUUUCAAAUGAAGCAUUUUUCUCUGUUAUUUUCCUAACAGUGGAUUUUUAUUGACUUUGCAAAUAUAAAGGAAAAAAAAAAAAGGCACAAUCCUUGUUAGUUGUAUGAAACAGUGUAGCUUCAGUUGUGUAUUUGGAGCUUCACCAAGAGGUGCUGGCUGUCAGGAGCUGUCAUGAGCCUUUCACAGCAGCUGAUCUGUUCCCAGGUGUGAUGUGGGGUCAGGAACUGCUGUGCUGGCUUGUUUUCCCUUAGCUGUGCCUGUGUUACACCAUGGUGUGCUGGGGUUUUGGGUUUGGUUUUCUUUUUUAUGACCCAUAAGCCUUGGUAGCAGUGGGUUUAUCACGGUGCAGCUUGUUGGAAUAUCACCCCCUGCUUUCUUUACAAUAAAUGCAACCAUUUCAGUGCUUUAA